GUGGGCAAUUUCUAUAGCCUUUUCUGCCCGUGAGAAAAACUGCAAACACUGCGUUUGUUUCAAUAAAGUUUGCAAAUAAAACAAAAAUUAGAAGGUCUUUGGAAUAACAAAGUAGUUCAAAGCUGUUGCCACAGACUGUAUAUAAAAGAUGAGCUUAAUCUAUUUUAUCAAAAAUCGUCUGUUUUUUGCAUAGUGUUAAACUUCGUAUCGUUUGGAAACAUUUGUGCAAAGAAAUGAGUUAUCAAAAAAUGUUUAAGUAUCUGUUUUUUGCCUCAGUUUGGAUUUAUUCCGUGCAUGCUGCUCCGAUUGAGUCAGAUGAACCUGUAAUUUUAGAAGACAGCAACAUUGAAUCUUGCUUAAAACAAGGUUUACCGGACAAGAUGAAAGAGACAUAUGACAUCUGUGCAGCUCAAAAUCCAGAUGUUGAAAUGGUAAACGACAACGAGGUACUGAAAUGUGUUUUGAAAACUCAAGAAGUGAUUACCGGUGAAGAAGAGAUGAUUGAUUUGAAUAAACUCAAAGUCUCCGAAGAAACAACCGAAGAAGUAGUUUCCGAUCAAGAAAUGCCGGAACAACAUUUGUUCUCCAUCGCAAUUCAGAAAUGCGAGGAAAACGAAGAAGUUAAAGCGGGACAGGCUUCAGAGCUGAUUCAAUGCCUUUUAGAGAACUUAAUAAUGAACUGCACUCAAGAUAUGAAGGCAAUGGAGAUGGUUCCCAUGGCCAUGGAAGAAUCUGAAUCAAAGGAAGUGAAUAUGAUGGCACCCAUGACCAUGGAAGAAAAUGAAAUGGCUAAUGAUUCUUUGUAGACAACUACACAAUACUAUAUAAAAAUUUUAGAGUUAGUAAUAAAUAUCAUAUAAAAUAA